GUUUUUUAAAAGCGCCACCACUUCAAACACAAAAUAAUGCUGUUUUGGUCGUAAAUUUAACAAUUAAACACCAGCUGCGUUGAAAUAAAAUCUAUUCACCGGGGUUUUUAAGUUUCUUAGGGCAAUGGCAGCGUCUUCUUCGUCUUCCUCUGCUGGAGGUGUUAGCGGCAGUUCGGUGACUGGUUCUGGGUUYAGUGCUUCAGAGCUCAUCCCUCCAAGAAAGGUUCUCUACACUUAUCCCAAAGGUGCAGGUGAAAUGAUGGAAGGUAAUUUGGAAUCCCCUCUGUGUUUACAUGUGUUCAGCUACCAAGUGGCUUCAACGCUGAAGCAGGUUAAACAAGAUCAACAAGCGUCUCGGAUGGAGAAACUUGCCAGCCUGGUUGAGGAGCUGGAAGCAGAUGAGUGGCGUUACAAACCAAUAGAGCAACUACUGGGAUUCACGCCGUCUUAGAUAAAGAGAUUCAGUUUUGGUUCAUAAAUUUGCCAAAUGGAAUUAAAACAAAAGGAGAUGUUUUUAUUUCCUUUAAAACUUUGUUUUUUAAAUUUUGUAYAGUAAGUGAAUUAUUUAAAGUGGCUUAACAUGAGUUGUAUUUUUAAACAAUAUUUUUGCUUUGUUGUUGAACGUCGCUGUCAAAACAGAUCCACUCGAGAAUUAUGAAAACUUCUAAUUACAAACUUUGUAUUUAUAUAUCUGCUUUAGGUUAAUAAAAGUCUUUCUGCCAGUCCAAUCUGUAAUCAGCCUCAAUGCUAAGGAAAGUAACAUCUUUGGUAAUAAACRCUUUCAAGUAAAGCAUUGUGUUUCCACUUUGCUGCUCUUUAGCUCCAUUAAUCUGAAAACCUGCUGCUUGCUCAAGUCUCCCCUCCUUUCACUGCUGGCUUCUUAUCACUGCCUGUCCCACCAGCACUACGAGCAAAACAGAGAGCUUGUAAAUAAAGUUGAACUUGGACAUUCUGAA